AUGGGAUUCAACGAAGUAUAUAAGGUGUUGCAGGAAAUUUUCCCACAGAUUGAUUCUCGAGUUCUUAGAGCUGUUGCCAUUGAGCAUAGCAAGGAUGCUGAUGCUGCUAUUGAUGCGGUCCUUGAGGAGAUUAUUCCAUUUUUCACUGAAAGAUCUAGACAAAGUUGUCAAUCCGGUGGGAGCAUGAAUGUGGGUGAACCAUCUAAGGAUUUCAUUCCGACUGCUGGGAUUGGACGACUUCAGCAAUCAUUUCAUGAGGCAAAUGAUGGACAAAACAAACCCUUCCAAGAUAUCAAUAGUGGUAAUCAAGAAGUAGAUGGUAGGAUACCUGGCUUGAAAUUAUCAGGGAAAUGUGAGAAAAGCAGUGCAGGGAUCAGUGCUGAUGUGUUUCAUCACGUUGAACGUGUUACUGUGAUUGAUAAAAGUGGCACAAAUUACAAACAAACGAAGACAUCUGCAGACCUUGAAAGAGAGGAAAUGAUUUCAGCUGGAAAAUGUCCAGAAAGCAGUAUUGAAACUGAAUCUAAUCAUAGUCCUUGUCAAACAAGGAGAACAUUGGAAGGCAUGGAUGUAGGUGUCAGUCAAAACAUGAAUCUUGUGCCUGACCUCGAAGAAUUUGAUGGGUCGUUAGGUAAUGGUUCUAAUGUGGCAAUCCAUAAGGAAAACCGUCAGGGAAAAUCUUGUGCAGAUGGGAAAUCAUUUGAGGUGGAUAGUUUUAUGGAACUGCCUUCUUUUCAAGAUCUAACUCUCAGUCCAUCAGGAAGCAAUGAACAAUUGGUAGUAGUACCUGAUGUGCAAGAGUGUGAUGUAGAGAAACUAGACAUAUGUUUGUCCACUGAUGCUACUCCUAUGAAAGAAGCUACUGAUGAAAUGGUUGGUAUUGGAGAUGAGUCUACCUUGAAUGCCAGUGUGUCCCGAUCUGGACAAAUCUGUGUCAUUGAUCUUCUCGAGGAUGUCAUUGCAGAUGCAAGAAAUAACAAGAAAACCCUGUUUUCUGCAAUGGAGUCUGUUAUCAGCAAGAUGAAGGAAGUUGAGCUUAAAGAGAAAAAUGCAGAACAAGCCAAAAUGGAAGCUGCUAAGGGCCGUUCUGAUGUACUGGAUAGGGUUGAAGAGCUUAGACAAAUGGUGCAACGUGCAAAGGAGGCAAAUGACAUGCAUGCUGGAGAAGUAUAUGGUGAAAAAGCUAUCCUAUCUACUGAGUUGAAAGAGCUUCAAUCUCGUGUUCUCUCCUUGUCAGAUGAAAGAGACAAAUCUCUUGCAAUUCUUCAUGAGAUACGUAAGACUUUGGAGAUGCGAUUAGCUGCAGCUGAGGAUGUGAUAAAAUCUGUGGAGCAGGAAAAGAGAGAGAAGGAAAAUUCUGCACGAAAAGCACUUUCUAAUCAAGAAUUGGUAAUGGAGACUGUGGUGCAGGAGUCAAAAAAAUUGAAGCAACAAGCAGAACAAAAUGCCAAGUUGAGGGAAUUCCUUGUGGACCGUGGUCGUGUUGUAGAUAUAUUGCAAGGAGAAAUAGCUGUUAUACAUCAAGAUUUGAGGCUGCUAAAAGAGAAGUUUGAAGACCGUGUUCCGUUUAGCAAAUCCCUAUCUUCCAGCCAGACCAGCUUUAUUUUAGCUUCGUCUAGCUCAUCUUUUGAAACCUUGGUUCCUGACCAUGUUGAACCAGUACCUGACCAGUUCGAUUCGUUGGAGAACCCAGUGAAGAGUGAUUCAGAGCCUUGUUUUGAUGAACAAAUGUCUGAAAACGAAGCGACCAGAGAUAAUAGGAAGGAACGUAUAGAUGAGGGAUGGGAAAUUUUUGACAAUCGUGACGUUGACAUGUGA